CCGGUUCACCAAUUAGUCUGGGUAUAAGGCUCCAUUUGUACAACACUACAGGAGCAUGCUGUUUUCCUGUGUUGGAGUCUGGUUUUGACAACCCGUUUUGAGCUGACCCAGUGCAGUGCCUCAAGGAGGCCCAAACCAGGAGUGCGUGGGGCUGGCAGCGGCGUGGCUACCCGGAUGGUGGUGGGGCUGGUUGGACUGGGCCUCUCACUUUCUCCUCCCCUUUUUCUUAGUUGCAUGUUUUUGGUUUUUGAUUUACAUUGUUUUGCGUGAGUGUGGAUGUGGCACUGGGGGGAGUGAGGGCAUUGUCCUAGAGCUUGUCCCCCCUCUUUUCCCCUUCUUAGCCCGCUGCAGCCUACGGCCCCAAUAGAAUUGAAUUUGUUUAUGAAAACCUUUCUUUGACAUUCCCAGAGCUGAAGGGAAUUAUUGAAAUUAAUUGUUACCUUUUUGAUAUUUUAAGAAACUCCAAUAAAUAUUGUACUCUGGGGGAAUAUUUUUGCUUCGGUCUGUUUAUACUGGUCAUCUGUGGGUCCGUGGUGGAUUAAUUAAUAUCCCUACGGGACGAUAACCGCCCCUCCGUACCUACCGGUAGGUUACACAAUAAUUUUGUUAAUGUGAUGGCUAAACUAUUAGAUGGUCUUCUUACCACAGUUUAGACAAAGUUACAGUGAACUGCUUGUCAAAAGUGAUAAAUGAUAACAGUAAUCAGAGGCUGUAGCUCAUGUCUCCUGCUUGGAUGAAAGCAGAUCACCAAUAGUUAGCCACGAAAUUCAUCUGUUAUUUUCUCUGCUAAUAAGUCCGAUGGCCAAAAUUAUGCUCAACUCGACUACCAGACAUUGUUUGUAUGAUUAGCAAUGCCUGAUUUGUGCUUUGACGCAUAUUCAGGUCUCACAAGUAUCCGCGUGGCCCCAGACUUCCCACAAUGGGACACUCCCUUUUGUUGGGAUCAGAUGGUUUUCAACUGUCAGUUUCCUUGUCACGAUUUCCCUGGUUUGAGACCUUGAGGAUAGCAAACCCUCAAUAGGCAGUAGCUUCGCAGCAUAAUUAGCUGUGAACAUUACUACUUGGGUGUAAGCACUCUCAAUACAUUUGGACAUUAACAAGUGAAGGCUGAUGGAUCAGGUAAAAAUCCAGUCCCUUUAAGGCCCUUUGCAUUCAAGUGCAUAAUUUGUCUAAUUGUCCCACGGGGAACCCGGGGCCUUGGCAGAUCCAGAGGACACGGGGCCCCUCUAGCAGGUGCUUGUCUUUGUCAGUAAGUAAUCCGCCCUGGGUUGUGCAGUAUGUGGACUGUGGAAGUGUCUCGUUUGAGCCUCAGGCAUUAAAUCAACCGCAGUCUUGUAUUAUCGAAGCUUAUUGGCCGGAGCCGAGCAAUUCCACGUGAGAGUUAAUCCUCUCUUGUGCAGCCCUGUUGCAUCCUGCUAACUGGGGACCAGUGGUAUGUAAUAAUCCGCCUCACCCCCCACCACUUCACAACAAUACCCAACAGAUUUUAGUUUGACGAAGCAUUUUGCAAUACCGACUUUCUACAUCUCCUCGCUCUUGGAAUUUUUGUGUUGCCUCUUUCUUCCGAGACUGUGACCAUUUGACACCUCGAGAAUGGGGAUUGACCCUGAAGUCAAUGUUACAGACGAUGUCACACUUUACGGGGGGAAAAGUGCCUUUACCCAACUGGAGCACAACAUAGUGGCUGGAUAUCUAAUCACUGCAGGUGUCAUAAGUUUAUUUAGCAACAUUGUUGUGCUGCUCAUGUUUUGGAAGUUUAAAGAGCUGCGGACUGCCACCAACUUUAUUAUAAUCAAUCUUGCAUUUACUGACAUUGGAGUGGCUGGUAUCGGCUAUCCCAUGUCAGCUGCCUCAGACAUCCACGGCAGCUGGAAAUUUGGUUACGCUGGUUGUCAGAUCUAUGCAGCUCUCAACAUCUUCUUCGGCAUGGCCAGCAUUGGCCUGCUGACGGUGGUGGCCAUCGAUCGAUACCUCACCAUCUGCAGACCAGACAUAGGGCAGAAAAUGACGAUGCAAUCAUACAACCUGCUUAUCUUAGCAGCCUGGCUGAAUGCUGUGUUUUGGUCCUCCAUGCCUGUGGUAGGCUGGGCUAGUUAUGCCCCCGACCCCACCGGAGCCACAUGCACCAUCAACUGGAGGCAGAAUGACGUCUCCUUCAUCUCUUACACCAUGGCUGUGAUUGCUGUGAACUUUGUGUUGCCUCUGUCUGCCAUGUUUUACUGCUACUACAACGUGUCGGCCACUGUAAAGAGAUACAAAGCCAGCAACUGCCUGGACAGCGCCAACAUCGACUGGUCAGACCAGAUGGAUGUCACCAAGAUGUCCAUAGUGAUGAUCAUCAUGUUCCUGGUGGCCUGGUCCCCCUACUCCAUUGUAUGUCUCUGGGCCUCAUUUGGUGACCCCAAGACCAUCCCCGCCCCCAUGGCUAUCAUCGCUCCACUCUUUGCCAAAUCCUCCACCUUUUACAACCCCUGCAUUUAUGUUAUUGCCAACAAGAAGUUCAGAAGAGCCAUCAUAGGGAUGGUUCGAUGUCAAACCAGGCAGAGAAUCACCAUCAAUAGCCAGGUUCCCAUGACAACCUCCCAACAACCCCUGACCCAGUGAGGUGAAGUCACAUUGUGUUAAAGUAAUCUGGCAUUAAAACCAGUUGAAGAAGAUUGUUUGAUGAAUUAACACAAAUCAGUGUCAGUAUUUUCCUCCCAAAUAAUCUAAUGUAGUGUUUAUUGUGUACAACAGUGCGAGCUCUCGCAUCAGAAAUAACAGGGCUCCAUCUAGUGACAUUGAGACUGUGACUCGCAUUAGAAUACCUCGGAAAGUUAUUUUGGACAGGUAGAAUUUCAUUUCGAUAAUGUGUUACUGCGUAUACCCUGUUUAGACCUGCCACUAACACGCGUCUACAUCUGGUAUUAGAAUGCUCACUUCACCUGCCUGCUCUGUAUGCAUGGACAUCAUUUCCAUUUCCACACUAAAGGCAUUGUUGUUUUUAACCAGA